GGCAGAGCUCACAGCUCCAGUGGACAGUUCCGUGGUGCUGAACUCUCUCACACACUCUCUGCAACAUGACUGGAACCAUGAACGGAUUCUCGUGGAAACUUUUUCUACUUUCUUGCCUGGUUGUUGUGCAGAGCUCGGCGCAAGACUUCGGACAGACGCAGUUUAUUUGCACCUCGGUGCCCAAGGAUAUGGACUUGUGCGCGGCGACGAUGCAGAACAGCGGACCGGCGGACGACCUGAAGACCACGGUCAUGCAGCUGCGGGAGACCGUGCUGCAGCAGAAGGAGACCAUCAUGAACCAGAAGGAGACAAUCAGGGAACUAACGUCCAAAUUGAGCCGCUGCGAGAGCCAGAGCCUCCCGGCGGCGGGACCCGGCGGGAGGCGGCCCGGGGUGAAGAACACGAUGGGGGAUGUAUCCCGGGGCACUACGGACACCCUGGCCCAGCUGGGGCAGACUUUACAGACGCUCAAACAGAGAUUGGAGAAUCUAGAGCAGUACAGCCGAGGGAACAACACCGCGCAGGCGAACAGCCUCAAAGACCUGCUCCAGAACAAGAUAGACGAUAUGGAGAAGCAGGUUCUGUCCCGGGUCAACACGAUAGAGGAGACCAAACCGACCGUCAGGAACGAGACCGACCAGCGGAACAGAGUGGAGUCCACGCUUACCACUCUGCACCACCGCAUCACAGACCUGGAGAAAGGUAAAGAAACCAGGCCCACAGAUAAGUUUCAGCUCACCUUCCCCCUGAGAACCAACUACAUGUACGCCAAAGCCAAGAGGAGCCUCCCUGAGAUGUAUUCCUUCAGCGUGUGUCUGUGGAUCAAGUCCAACGCCUCCCCCGGGGUGGGGACGCCCUUCUCCUACGCAGUGCCGGGCCAGACCAACGAGCUGGUGCUGAUUGAGUGGGGGAACAACCCCAUGGAGAUCCUCAUCAAUGACAAGGUUGCAAAGCUGCCGUUCCUCAUCAACGACGGGAAAUGGCAUCACCUGUGCAUCACGUGGACCACCCGGGACGGGAUGUGGGAAGCCUUCCAGGACGGGGUGAUGCGGGGAAGUGGAGAAAACCUGGCACCGUACCACCCCAUCAAACCAGAGGGGGUGCUGGUCCUGGGACAAGAGCAGGACACGUUGGGCGGAGGCUUUGAUGCGACGCAAGCUUAUGUUGGUGAGCUAGCAAACCUAAAUAUCUGGAAUAGGAAACUUUCCAUCGCCGAGAUCUACAACUUGGCGACCUGCAACAGCAAAGCACCGGCCGGCAACGUGUUCUCCUGGACGGAGAGCAACAUCGAAAUAUUUGGCGGCGCGACCAAAUGGACCUUCGAGCCGUGCCGUUCGCUCAACUGAACUGCAAGAGAGGCCUCUCUGUAUUUCUGAGCUUUUGUCGUUCUUGUCUUCAUUUGACGUUCGUUAGAGACUAUUUCAGUUAUAUUGGUAAGCUUAAAUCUGGGAUUUCUAUUAUUCUUAGGUAUUUAUGUGCACUUUUCAUCUUAAGGAAAAAAAAAUCAUCUUGGAAGCCUCGGUGAGAAGGUUUUGCUUCUCUUUCUUUUCUUAGGACUUCAGUUGAAAGCACACCUAAGCUUUUUCGUUUGGCUGACUUGGACUGGCAGCUGGCAAUCUGCGCCUUAUGUUCGGACAAUUCACAAUCCAAGAGA